UAAUAAACAUUUUAGCGGAAAAAAUAGGUCUAUAAUUUCAACAUUUUUAAAUAAAAUUUGAGAACUAUCGUUGCUUUGCUGAAGCCACUAGAGCGCUACACAGCACUACACAUUUGGCGGCGUUUCUGUUUACCUUUUGUUGUACCGAUAUAAACAUAAAUAAUGUCAAUCACUCUGGAUUUUAAUGGCAAAAACCUGGCUAAGAGCAAAUCCGUCGAGCUGCACUAUUUGCCUGCCAAAAUAGACGGGGAUGGCGAGGCCAACGUGGAGCAAUACUUUAACAACUACACAAGGGAAGCAACAGAAUUCGGAAGUGGAGUCGUGACUAACGCUUUGCGCGGUUACCCUUUAGUGGGGGAACAGCUGAAAGUGCCCGAAGGAUACCGUGGCUUAGUCCUCCAGGAAACAGAAAAGCCUAUUAGCGAAUCCUACGACCGGCAGCUUCGACUUACAGGAGUUUUUGAUGAGUUUACCUACUGGAACUACGACAAAGUGCCCUCAAACAGCGAUGCCUAUCGGCAGGCGCUCCUUCUGGUGGAUGUAACAAAGGCUCUCUCAAAGCCCAUUAGCGAGCAGGAUUUGGAGGUGGAAAUAGCUCGAAACAAGGAGAACGCCAAGGAGAGCCCAUAGUUCUUAGACGCGCUUGCAGCGUAUUUUUAUUCAGUACUCCAAAAUCUAAUCAAAUACAAAUAUGUCUUUACAA